GAAAAGAAAGAGGCAGGGGAAUGUCUGGGGGAGUCUGAGAGAACCGGUAGGCAGGAGAGAGAGAGAGAGAGAGAGGCUUUGGAGGACAGAGUGCAGGAAACAGAGGGUUAAAAAUACUCCCUCGGUUUCUAGAAAUAGACUCGGGUUUGGACAACUUUAUCAGCCGCAGAAAAGUUUGGCGCACCCAGUGCUGUGCGCUUUUUGCGUAACUGAAACUUUGGUGGACAGGACCCAGUGUUGAGAUCAACCAAAACAACAGCAUAUAAGAGGAAAACAAGACGUUUGACGUUUUUUUUUUCUUUUUAAAAGGGAACUGAAACGACGGGAUCCGCUUUGCUAUUGGCUCCAUCUGUGGAUAAUCACAUUUUCAGCAUCUGCCCGAGUCAGAGCAAAACUUUUUCUCUGCGCACAACUUUGAAUCUUUGCGCUGCUGGGAUGCGGUGAUGGAGUCCGGUGAUGUUUCCAAGAUGACUGCUCUUCUCAUGAAGCGCGUUUUCAGAUGUGAUCUCCUGUCAAGAAAAACCAUAAACGGGUCUAAAUGGUCAUUAUUGAUCCUCACCGUCGUUUUAUCCGCUUGGCCAGUAACCGCAGGCACGCUGACAGAUUUGGAGUUUGAGAAGAGUCCUGCUACUGUCAUCUCUUCCCUGGGCAAACCUGUCAAGAUGCACUGCACCCUGAAGGGUACAGGGGGCGAGGAAGAGGACCCCCCAGAUGUCCUCUGGCUGAGAGAUGGCAUGCCACUUCAGUAUGCAGACACCAACCAGUUCCAAGUCCAUACCGGCCACAACAGUUGGACGAUCAUGAGCACGCUCACUAUUGAGAAGGUCCAGCUUCCAGACAUGGGCUCCUAUCGAUGUGCUGUUAUGUCAGAAGGUCACCAGACUUUGUCAGAGGAGGGGAGCAUUCAGCUGGAGGGCCUACCUCACUUCUCUAAGGAGCCCCAGCACAUGUCUGUGGUGGCCAACGUCUCCUUGAGUCUGCAAUGUGUGGCCCACGGACCUCCGGAGCCAGUCAAGGUCAUCUGGCUGCAGGACGGCGUUCCUCUAAACUCUCUGAGAGACCCGGUGGCGCUGUCACCCUCCACACUCAACCUCACAGGUUUGAACAGGACCAGCACCUUUUCUUGUGAGGCCCAUAAUCGCAAGGGUGUUGCCACCUCUGGAUCUGGUACCAUCACUGUUCUCCCAUCCCCACCUCAGAAUCUGAAAGCUGUGGACAUCACUCAGACCUCUCUCCAUUUGUCAUGGCAGCCUGGUUUCGGAGGCGACUACACUAUAAUCCGUUGCUCUGUUCAGGCUAAACAUUCGGGUGAGACCUUCACGGCAGGCCCGGAUAAGAUGAUCCACAACCAAAAUGUGAACAUCCCACCGGCCACGCACGUCAUCGGGGACCUGGAGCCCCACAGCCGCUACGCUGUCAGGGUGGCCUGUCACAGCAGCCAGGGCCCGUCUGAGUGGUCGGACUGGCUGGAGCUACGCACAUUAGAAGGAGUGCCAGAAAACCCACCAGUUAACGUCACAGCGGUGCUAAAUGAGACAGAGGUGCUACUUGCGUGGGAGGGGCCUCCAGGGAAGCUGAAUGGAGAGCUACAGGGCUACAUGGUGGAAUACAGCACACCGUCCACACAGCAGUUUGUUGUGGAUACUGGAUUGGUCACAGAGCUUUCAAUCAAUCUGUCCGUCCCUUUGUCCAAUGUGUCUUUUCGAGUGUGUGCCUAUACAGGGGCGGGGCAAGGACCCUGGACCCCCACACAGACUCUGACGCUUGUUGCUCCCGAAAUGGAGGAAUUUAGAGGUCUGUCAUCGCCUCCAGCCUUUUCCUGGCACUGGUGGUACGUGGUGAUGGCCAUCGCCGGUGCUGUGUCCAUAGCUGUGCUCAUGGCUGUUUACGUGGCCAAGCUGCGGCGCAAGGAGACGCGCUUCGGAGAGGCGUUCGAGCCCAUGAUGGAGAGCGGGGAGCUGGUGGUCAGGUACCGCGCUCGCCGCACCUACAGCCGCAGGACUACAGAGGCAACAUUGAACAGCUUGGGCAUCAGUGAUGAGCUGAAGCAAAAGCUCCAAGAUGUGAUGGUGGACAGACAUAAACUAACCCUUGGGAAAACCCUGGGAGAAGGCGAGUUCGGCUCUGUGAUGGAAGGGUUGCUGACUCAGGAGGAGUCGGUUCUCAAAGUUGCUGUCAAGACUAUGAAGAUUGCCAUCUGUACCCGCUCAGAGAUGGAAGAUUUUCUCCGCGAAGCUGCCUGUAUGAAGGAGUUUGACCACCCUAAUGUCAUGAGGCUUCUAGGUGUGUGUCUGCAGACUGUGGAGAGUGAAGGUUACCCCUCCCCUGUGGUCAUCCUACCUUAUAUGAAACACGGAGACCUGCACAGUUAUCUGCUAUACUCAAGGCUGGGAGACUGUCCUGUGUACCUCCCGUCUCAAAUGUUGGUAAAGUUCAUGACGGAUAUUGCCCGGGGAAUGGAAUACCUCAGCAAUAAGAACUUCAUCCACAGAGACCUUGCUGCUCGCAACUGCAUGCUGAAUGAGAAUAUGAACGUAUGUGUGGCCGACUUUGGCCUCUCCAAGAAGAUCUACAACGGAGACUACUACAGGCAGGGACGGAUCUCCAAGAUGCCUGUCAAAUGGAUCGCCAUCGAAAGCUUGGCUGACCGCGUCUACACCACAAAGAGUGAUGUGUGGUCGUUCGGAGUCACCAUGUGGGAGAUCGCCACGCGGGGCCAGACGCCGUACCCUGGGGUUGAAAACAGUGAGAUUUAUGAUUAUUUGAGACAGGGUAACCGUCUCAAACAGCCUCCAGACUGUCUGGACAGCAUCUAUGCCCUGAUGUUCUCCUGCUGGCUGCUGAGCCCAAAGGAUCGUCCAUCUUUUGAGUCCCUGCGCUGCGAGCUGGAAAAAGCCCUUGAGGAUCUGCCAGACACCCAGGAUCCAGACGAAAUCUUGUAUGUCAACAUGGAUGAGUCCUCCAUGGAGCUUGGGGCUGUCGGAGGCCGUGACCCCAUUGGAGGGCCGUCCCCUCUCUGCCUGAAGGGCCUGGACUCUGUGACCACAGUGGAGGUCCACCACCCCAACCGCUACGUCCUCUGUCCACAACAUGAAACCAACCGUGCCCUCUCUGACUCCCUGGAGAGUCUGGACAUGCCGGUGUCAUCCUCCACGGCCACGCUGCCUCUACAACCAUCCUGCCGCUCCACUCCCAACCCCACCCCAGCUCCGACCCCGACUGUAGAGCUGCUGGACGACAGGGAAGCGUCCAGGAAAAUGCCCUGGCAGUGAUGGUUUCACUCUUACAAAAUGACAAGACUGGUCACUGCCAAAGUGCGCCGUCCUCUCACCCCAGUCAGAGAACUAGAUCCAGCCUGUUCCUACUGACUUUAAGAAACCUAAUGUGCCCAUGUAAAUACUUUGCACAAAUACACUCAUACACACACACCCGAAGGCAUUCCAAGGAAGUGAAGGAUUGGGGUUAUUUCCUUUGUCAAGCCCCCCCCUCUUCUAAAAUGAGCACAUUUCCAAGUAAGUGUAAUGUGUGAUUGCUGUACCAGGAGGAAGACUGUUACCAGUGGAUUUAGGGCACAGAUACUGCAGCACAAUCAGAGAAAAUAAAUUCCCACUUGUUACAGCAAUAACAUGCCACCUCUUACCCCAACCAUCUGUUUGCAGCAGAGUGACCUCCUCCACACGAUUAAGCUAAAAAAAAAUAAAUAAAUAAAAAGGUCUCCGCGAAACCAGCUCACACACUGCCAGAUAUACAACUGAAUAAACUCAGGAGCUUGAACUUUCCAGUGAAGGAAAUAAGUAAGCGCUAACAUGGAGGACUCACCAACUGAAGAAACAGAAACCUCACCCAUCACUUGAUCCAAACUUACUCGAGGCCUGGUGGGAGAGACAGGAAGAAGCAGCAGUGUCUCUUUCCCUGAACUAAUCAUCUGGUGAAGACAACUGGCUUGCUUUAAGGCUACGUUACAGGUUCAUGAGGGACAGAAAGAAGAUUUUUGGGCUAAAAUAACCAUUAUUACUGUUGUUUGGUGAAAUCAAAGUCCUUUUUGGCUUUUAUUUAGUUGAAAUCUUGCUUUUGAAGGGUGUCAUAACUUUGAGGAUGGUAGAAUUUUCUCUCCUCAUAGAAAAACUUUAAUUUAAGUUCACCAUACCUGAAGUAUUUUACCUGUUAGCAAUUGAAUAAAAUAGUGAAUUUUAAAAACAGAACCAAAAUUUUACAAAGAAAAUGAAAAUCUGCUGCAGGCUUCAGAGACUCUUUGUGUAGCUGUUUUUUCUUUUUUCUUCUUGCUUAUUCGUUUAAAACCUACAGUAGUUUUGUAUAAAAGCCUAAUGUAGCUCUAACAAGGCCCUGCAUCUUCUCCAGGGGUAUUACUGCUGGUAGUGCAUCAAGCACCGUGAGCCAUUUACAGUUCACACGAGGCACUCUUUCCUCACUGACAGGCGAGGCACCUGUGCAAGUCCUGAUUCAUCUUUGACAUAACUCAGGAACCUGAGACUGUUCAACAGGGACAGAGGUGCUGGUCAAAUCAAGAGGGUACUAAUAAUCAGAGGAAGGCGGACAGACUGAGGGUAGGUACGGGCAUGACGGAGUUACCCAAAGCAAAUGGCAGGAUAAGCUCCUCACCUUUGCUUUUGGCUCAAGCACAGUGUUAUUACACAAUUUGUAAUUUUUGUAUGCUGAUUUUUUGUAUUUCUACAACUUUGCACUAAUGUUUUUAUAUCAAUGUAUGUUUGUUUAUAGUUUGUGUAUCUUUUAUGCUUUUUAAAUGACUUUCUGUACAUUCUGAGUCAUCCUUUAGACGCCUCUCAUGAAAUCUGUUCCCAUGUAACAAUUUCCGUAUUCAUAAAGGCAAGACAACAUGGUCUGUGAAAGCAUUACAAGGGCGUUUAAUUCCAUUCGAUGGAGUGUUUUCCAUAAAUGAGCAAAGACUGGUAGACUGGGAAAUAUGACUAACCUCGUUAUCUUACAUCAUCCUGCCACUCUUAUUCUGAGAUAUUUUUGUUUCUUGAGGUUAAGCUCUGUAAAUAGAAGUCUGUUACCAGCAGAGUCAAGUAGGAGACAGAAAACAGUAACUGAAAACUAAAUGGGAGUGAAGAUCAUCCACUCCUCCGCUUUGAGGAAGUUCACCAGCUGCAACUUUGCAUCAUGCAUGCACUUAUUUAUAUAUACAGUAUAUAUAUAUUUGCUUUAGUUCAUAAUUUUAUCAUUGGAAUGGACGUGACCAUAUUCCAACACACAUUUUGGGAGAACAAAAUUUGUUUAGAUGAGUUGCAGUGUUUUUCAGUUGUAUACAUCCAUGGUACUUAUAUAUAAAACAGUAUACAAGUGUACAUUUCUUGCAAUACGUUUGGUACUGUAUCUGAAUUGUUUGUGAACCACACAAAGUGGUGAUGAGACUGAGGCACUGGUCUAAUUUGGUCUAUACCAACAUCUCACCAAUUUGAAUGCAGGUACACUUACUGUAUUAUACUGUGUUUGCUACCUUUUGGUUUUGAACAAAAAGAAGAAAAAAAUAAUCUGUUCUUCCAAACAGAUUCAAGCAUGAGCUGAAAUUUCUUCUUUGUGAUUACAUUCAGUUUAAAUCUCAGAAUUUCAUAACUUUACCAAGUGCCUUCAGAGAGCCAGUAUUUUUACAUUACAGUAGAUUUGUGUGUGUUGUAAUUCUCCUGGUGUGUUGAAUUGGGAGAGGACUGUAUAACUGCCUUUAUUUUGUCACUGUCAUGAUUUGUAAACAAAUUUUUAUACAAUACCUACAGUAUUUUGUAUAAGAAAUAAAUCUGUUAAUUCUUGAAA